AUGAAAUUGAUCGUUUUGUUGGUCUGGGUAUACUGUAUCUUAAUCUCUGCAGCACACACAAAUGAGACAGCGGUAACUCAUGGGGAGGAGGUGAAUGAACAUGAAUCGGAACGUGGGAUGAAACCAGUAAUCCGUACACUAGGACAAUCAAUGAUAAACGGGAUGAGUAAAAUUUUGCAAACGAUUGAUACUUACUCGAGAAAGGAUGAUUUAGAUAAGAAACUUCUUGAAGUUGCCAAAAUCAUUGGUCGACGUCUGGAGAAACGACAUGAAUACUUGGCAAGGAAAUUGGAAUUUUUACUCAUGUUUUCAACUUGUUAA